UUUCAGCCGCUGUGGGAGCUCUCAGGAGGGCUGGGACUGAGCUCAGUGCUGGAGGAGAGGACACAACCUCACGCUGUGCCGUGGGACUUGCAGGUUGCACAUCAGGGAGAUUGUCUUCACAGAAAAGAAGUGGUUAGACCUUGGUAUGGGCUGCCCAGGCAGCUGGUAGGGUCACCUCCCUGGAGGUGUUUGACUGGAUGUGGCACUCAGUGCCAUGGUCUGGUUGACAAGGUGUUGGGUCAUGGGCUGGACUUAAUUAUCUCAGGUCUUUUCCAACCUCAUUGAUUCCGUGAUCCCAUGAUAGACUCUAAAUGUAGUGAUAGGACAACUGGGAACAUUUCAAAAGUACACGAGGGAAGGCCUUCAGUAGACAUUAGGAAGUUCUUAUUUACUGAGAGGGUUGUUGAACAUUGGAACAGAAUUCUUAGAGGGAUGGUCAAUGCCCUAAGCUCAUUACUGUUCAAGAAACAUUGUCACGCUAAUUUAGCUUCUGGUCACCCCUGGAGUGCUCACGCAGUUGCUCCAGAUGACCACUGUAGGUCCCUUUCAACUAAAAUAUUAUAUUCUGCAUCUUCCAGGUUUUGAAGUCUUUGCACAGUAACUUUUACCAGUUUCAUCCUGCUUAUGCUGUUUUAGAUGAAAAUUGUCACUGGAUGCUUUAAGCUUGCUUCUAUUAUUGUUCCCGUGAGUUGUCUUUAGUGUUAUGAAACCAUCUGCAGGAGUGCAGGUAGCAAAAACAAGAUGUGAAUUGUAAGUCUGUAGCUCACAUUUAUUAAGAGCUUUAGCAUUUUAAAUUAAAAAAUGCAGAAAUAGCAUGGCUGUAAUGUUUCAAGUUGUACUUUCUGGAGGCCUCAUCUUCAGUAAAAUCAAGGUAACAGUGCAGGGAGAUGUGUCAUGGUAAUGCUGGACAGUUAGGUACCCACAUUUAUCACUCUGUCUUGUUAAUUUGUUUUUGGGUCUUUUCUCAUGCAGAUUAUAUUAAGAGAAAAUUUUUUAAAGUGUUAAGGUCAUGAUAAAGCUUAGAAGAUAAUCCUGUGCAUGAAGAAAAGUGUUGGAGCUGGUUUUAUAAAGAAUGGAAGGAUACAACGUGUUGAAAGUACUAGGAGAGGGGUCCUUUGGCAGAGCUCUCCUAGUUCUUCAUAGAAUCAGUGACCAGAAGUAUGUAAUGAAGGAAAUAAGGCUUCCCAUGUCUUCCUCUGGUGUAGAGAAUUCUAGAAAGGAAGCUGUUCUUUUGGCUAAAGUGAAACAUCCAAAUAUAGUUGCAUUUAAAGAAUCAUUUGAAGCUGACGGACAUCUGUAUAUUGUGAUGGAAUAUUGUGAUGAUGGAGAUCUAAUGCAAAAGAUUAAACACCAAGGAGGAAAUUUGUUCCCUGAAGACACGAUCCUUCACUGGUUUGUGCAGAUGUGCCUGGCUGUGAAGCACAUCCAUGAUAAACGUGUGCUGCACAGGGAUAUUAAAUCCAAGAAUGUCUUCCUCACUCAAAGUGGAAAAGUCAAAUUGGGAGAUUUUGGAUCUGCACGCCUUCUUGCACAUCCAAUGUCCUAUGCUUGCACCUAUGUGGGAACUCCUUAUUAUGUACCUCCAGAAAUAUGGGAAAGCCUGCCAUACAACAACAAAAGUGAUAUAUGGUCUCUUGGGUGUAUUCUGUAUGAGCUGUGCACUCUCAAACACCCGUUUCAAGCCAAGAGCUGGAAACAUCUCAUCCUUAAGAUAUGCAAAGGGUCUUACGACCCACUUCCAUCUCACUAUUCCUAUGAACUUCAUUACUUAAUAAAACAGAUGUUUAAGAGAAAUCCCCAGAAUCGUCCAUCAGCCAGUACUAUUCUUGCAAGAGGUUGCCUAACCAAACUUGUGAAAAAUUGUUUGCCUUCUGAGAUGGCAAAUGAGUUUGAGCAUGUAUUAAAGGAAACCAAGAAACGUGAAGGCAAUGCAGCAAGACAAAAGGGUAGUAUCGUGGCUGGUGGAAGCUCAAACAAUAAGACAGAAAAUAGACGAAGGAAAGAGGAAAGUAGCAAGCAUAGCCCCUUAGAAAGGAAAAAUGCUGAGGGUUUGAGUAAAGGCACAAGAGAACAAAGGAAAUCUUAUCAAGAAGUCUCAGCUUCUGCUGUCCUCCCAGGAAGUACUGAUCUGACACACACCCACAGGAGGCAAUGGGAAAAGAGGAUAUCCAAUACUGUGCUGGAUGUCCUGGAAAAUGCGUCCUUGCUUUCUUCCAGUUUUACACCUGAAGACACUGAAAGUGGUGGUGUUAUAAGCUACAGUGAAAAUAAGCCAAGGAAGCAGUGGAACAAGGAACCCCCUCAGACCCUGAUGGACAUGCUCAACAAUGCAGAUAUCAGCUUAGCAUUUAAAACAUAUACAAUUUAUAAACCAGCUUCUGAAAACAUAUUAAGAGGUCCACUUUCUGAUGAAAGCGAAGCAUCUGAUGAAGUAGAUGGUGAACAUGAAGCUGUUGUUGUAGAUUCUGAGAGACUUGAACCUAGAUCUGAUGAAGAUGACACGGACUUUGAGGAAGAUGACCCAGACUGGGUAUCAGAACUGAAAAUGGUAUUGAAACAGAGUGACUGAAAACCUGAAUUUACCUGCAAUGAGUGAAGUUAAGUGUGCUGGUAUCCAAGUUGUUGUUAAUAAUUGGUUAUUCAUUUAAAUAAAAAGAUCUGAGUGGGCAUGUUUUCGGUAUCAUAAAAUUGAGGAUGGAAAAUGCACAAUAAACUUUUUUAGAACACUUGCA